AUGGAUAUUUUAAAAUGUUUGGAUUAUAACCAAUUAACAAAUCUUCAACAAACAAAUAGUCAAAUAUUUAAAUUAAUUAAACAUUUUGAGAAUAAAUUGGCUCGAAGAAAUUUUUCUGUUCUUAAAAUUGGUUCUGAUCACGACAUGUUUUCUUAUUCUGUUCCUAUGAUUAGAUAUCCAAUUACAGAAAUGGUUUCUGAUUUUCAACCAAACAAGAAACUUGAGAAGAAGUGGGAAAAUGCUUUAAAUAAUCAAAUUCCAAUGUAUUUUUACCUUAACGAGGAUGAUAGAAAUGUUUAUGUUAUUGCAGAAUCAAAUACCUGCUUUUAUCGCUUUGAACUUUUUAAAUGGCCAACAAAAAUAGAUCAUCUUAUUUUUGCUCGUCACUGUUUUGAAUUACUUUCUCAUUGCCAUUUUGAUGAAAUUAUUUUUGAAAGAAUUGUGUUUAAUCCACAAAUAUUUAAUUUAAUUUUUGAUGAUCUACCAAUCAAAUUAAAUUGCAAUAUUGCUAGAUUAUUACUAAAUAAUAUAGAUUAUGACAAUCAAGCGUUGGAAGUUGUUAAAAAUAAUUUGGUAAUUUCCAAAAUGCUAAGUUUUCGAUUUAUUUGGGCAGCUUUUACAACUUUAUAUGAGGUUGAUAAAUACAUUUUUUUGAAUUUUUUGUUGAAUGGAGGCGCUAAUAUCCCUCUUGCUUCUAUUUAUUAUAUUGGAUCUGCUAUUGAACUUCACAAAGAAGUUAUUAAGUUCGCCGAGACUUCAUCAGAUUGUUCAAAAAUGGUGAAUAGCAUUGAAUUUCAACGACUUGAGUGGUCUAUGCCUAAAUUUAGUUCGAGAGUUAAACUUAUCAGACAAAAAGAAUAUAUCAAAGGAGAGAACCAACACAUAUUUUUAAAAUACGAAACUUCAAAUGUGCAUAAUUCAAAUUUAGUUUUUUAUAUUUUUAUUUGGAAAGAAGUCAAAGCAGAAACAAUACAUCGUUUUAGAAUACAAAAAUUAAUUCGUGCUUCUAUUGAGAAAUAGUUUUUAAUUAAUUAAUUUUUUGAGUAUGUAUUAGAGAUCGGAAACAGGUCCUUUCCCCGGUUGCUUCAAAAAAGUUUGCCGAGACUUCAUCAAUCAAAGGUCCCUUUUCCCGGUUUUCGAGUCCCGGUUUCCAUGUGUCCCUUUUUCCCGCUUUUUUUUGAAGCAACGGGGAUGAAACCGGGAACGGGAAUUUCGGGGUUUUCCCGGUUCGGGUCCCUCCCGGUCAACUUUUGGAACUCGGUUCCUGGACCCGAUUUUUUAUUCUAAAAUGCUCUUUUUCCCGAUCUCUAAUAUGUGUAAUUAGUUU